UUCCUUGCUGGGUGGCUGGCGUGAGGGGGACCUGGCUCGUCUCUCUCCGUGCAAUCUGGAUCCAUCCUUCUUCCUGGAGCGAUCCACUGAGCUCUCGUCAUCAUGACUGAACAGAUGACCCUUCGGGGUACCCUUAAAGGCCAUAAUGGCUGGGUGACCCAGAUUGCCACUACUCCUCAGUUCCCAGACAUGAUCCUGUCCGCCUCCCGAGACAAGACCAUCAUCAUGUGGAAGCUUACCAGAGACGAAACAAACUACGGGAUUCCCCAGCGUGCCCUCAGAGGUCAUUCACAUUUUGUCAGUGAUGUGGUCAUUUCCUCUGAUGGCCAGUUUGCACUCUCAGGCUCCUGGGAUGGCACACUAAGGCUGUGGGAUCUCACGACUGGCACUACUACCAGGCGUUUUGUCGGUCACACCAAGGAUGUGCUGAGUGUAGCCUUCUCUUCAGACAACCGCCAGAUUGUCUCUGGUUCUCGGGAUAAGACUAUCAAGCUGUGGAACACCCUGGGUGUCUGUAAAUACACUGUGCAGGAUGAGAGCCACUCAGAGUGGGUGUCCUGUGUCCGUUUUUCACCUAACAGCAGUAAUCCCAUCAUCGUCUCUUGUGGCUGGGACAAACUGGUCAAGGUCUGGAACUUGGCCAACUGCAAACUGAAAACAAACCACAUUGGCCACACAGGCUACCUAAAUACAGUGACAGUUUCUCCUGAUGGCUCUCUCUGUGCUUCUGGAGGCAAGGAUGGUCAGGCCAUGCUGUGGGAUCUUAAUGAGGGCAAGCAUUUGUAUACUCUGGAUGGUGGUGACAUCAUCAAUGCCCUCUGCUUCAGCCCCAAUCGCUACUGGCUCUGUGCUGCCACUGGGCCCAGCAUCAAAAUUUGGGAUCUAGAAGGCAAGAUCAUUGUGGAUGAGCUAAAACAAGAAGUGAUCAGCACCAGCAGCAAGGCUGAGCCUCCCCAGUGCACCUCCUUAGCCUGGUCUGCUGAUGGCCAGACUCUCUUUGCUGGAUACACAGACAAUUUGGUGCGGGUGUGGCAGGUGACCAUUGGCACUCGGUAAAGGAGUCGACCUUAACUCAGAUAUUGAAAUAAAGACCUUAAUUUUUGCCUUUUGAAAAAA